AGUGGAGGGUCCUGGAGCCGGCGCAGAGGGCCCUGCACAGGGACGUGAUGCUGGAGACCUUCCAGAACCUGGUCUCUGUGGGGAUUCCUGUUUCCAGACUGGAUGUGAUCUCCCUGUUGGAGAAGCCAGAAGGAGCCUGGAGUCCUGAGAACAGAGACUCCAGUGGGUCUCAUCAAGAUUCCUUUAGCCACGAAAUAAAAUUUGAAACAAGGAGCUCAAGUCUGAUGCAGAACAUUUCUGUAGCUAUCAGGAAGUUACAAUCGAAGGGCACAGCCUGGCACCGCAAGAUGGAGAAAUCUGAGGAACAUGAUGUUGAUUUAGAAAAACCAAAGAGCAACUUGGAGAGAAGAUCCAGACAAAUAGCAGUCACUCCCAGAACAAUGUUUAAUAAAGAAAGUGGAGUUCAGAGUAAUAUAUUUGGGAGAAGUUUUAUCUUUGGACCUGUCCUUGUUUCAUUGUGGAGAGAAAUAAUGAGGAAUCGUCUCUAUAACUAUAAGACACUUGGAAAUGAUGUCAAAGAUUUUCCUGCCCUAAUUACUGGUAAUACAUUCUUCUUAGGGAAGGAGUUUUCUGUGUAUACCAAAUGCAAGACACCCUUUAGGUACCACUCAAAUCUAACUAAAUAUCAUAGAAUACAUGCUAGAGAGAAACAACAUAAAUACAAAAAAGAUGGCAAAGCCAUUGGUAGAAGGUCAAAUCUUACUGACUGUCAAAAUAGAGACCAAAAUGAGUGUAAGCAAGAUGAGAAAGCCUUCACCUAUAAGAGAAGCUUGACUAAUCCUAAACAAAUUCAUAUUCAAGAGAAAUCUUUUGAAUUUAAUGAAUUUGGAAAAGUCUUCAGUGAGAAGGAACGUAUUGCUCAUCAAGGAAUUCAGACUAAAGAGAAACCCUUUGAAUGUAACCAAUGUGGGAAAUCCUUCCGUGAGAAAGGAAGCUUUAAUAAACAUCAGAGAGUUCAUACUGGAGAGAAACCAUUUCAAUGUAGUGAAUGUGGAAAGGCCUUCAGCGAGAGGGGAAACCUCAAUGUGCAUCAGAGAAUUCAUACUGGAGAGAAACCUUUUGAAUGUAAUCAAUGUGGGAAAACUUUUAGACAAAAGGAAAAUCUUAUUCACCACCAGAGGAUUCAUACUGGAGAGAAACCUUUUGAAUGUAAAGAAUGUAGGAAAACCUUCAGUGUGAGGGGAAGCCUCAACAGACAUCAAAGAAUUCAUACUGGAGAGAAACCAUUUACAUGUAAUGAAUGUGGGAGAGCCUUCAGUGAGAGGGGAAACUUUGUUAAACAUCAUAGAACUCACACUGUAGAAAAACCCUUUCCAUGUAAUGAAUGUGGAGAAGCUUUCGGUACAAGGAGAAGACUCAAUAGACAUCAAAGAAUUCAUACUCAAGAGAAACUCUCUGUGUGUAAUGAAUAUGGGGAAGCCUAUAGUGGGAAGGGAUAUUUCACUAAACAGAGAACUCAUACUAGAGAAAAACCCUUUCUGUGUAAUGAAUGUGGGGAAGCUUUCAGCACAAGGGGAAGCCUUAAUAGACAUCAAAGAAUUCAUACUGGAGAGAAACCCUUUACAUGUAAUGAAUGUGGGAAAGCCUUCAGUGGGAGGGGAUACUUUAUUGAACAUCAAAUUACUCAUACUGGAGAAAAACCCUUUCCAUGUAAAGAAUGUGGAAAAGCUUUCAGUAAGCAGGGAAACCUCAAUAGACAUCAAAGAAUUCAUACUGGAGAGAAACCCUUUUCAUGUAAUGAUUGUGGAAAAGCCUUUAGCCAAAAGGUCAAACUUAUGACCCAUCAGAGUAUUCAUACUGGAGAGAAACCAUUUGAAUGUAAUGACUGUGGAAAAACUUUUAACAGGAAGGACUCUCUCAUCAGUCAUCAGAGGACUCACACUGGAGACAAACCAUUUGAAUGUAAUGAAUGUGGGAAAACUUUUAGCAAAAUGGGAAAGCUUAAUAUCCAUCAGAGAACACAUUCUGGGGAGAAACCUUUUGUGUGCAGUGAAUGUGGAAAAGCCUUUGGCCAGAAUAUAUACCUUAUUUAUCAUCAGAGAACUCAUACUGGAGAGAGACCCUUUGCUUGUAAUGAUUGUGGAAAAGCUUUCAGUUGGAGAACAAGCCUUAUUAUUCAUCAGAGGACUCAUGCUGGAGAAAAACCCUUAUAAUGUAUGAAUGUGGAAAAAGUCUUCAGCAAUUAUAUUCAAAAACCAUCAGAGAUUUCAAAGUUAUACCAGAGAAGAGGCUUUUGGAGUGAAUAUAGAAAAACUGCUGGAAGGCAAGUCUUACCACACAUGGGAAACUCAUGCAGGAAAGAAAUCAUUUGAUUAUAAUUGGAAAAGGCUUCAUCAAAAACCUCAUGCUAGAGAGAAUGAAAUACAAUAAAUCAAGCAUUAAGUGCUUACAGGUAAUGUGCUAAGUUUGAGGAUACAAAGGUAAAAGAGAAAUAAUCCCUUCCCUCAAAGAGGUUACAUUCUAAUGAGGUAGACAAACUCAUGUACAAAAUGUAAGUCAGUUUAGGAGGGUCCUAAUGGCUGGGAGAUCAAGAAUCCAUGUAUAAAGUUGCACUUAAACUGAUACUUGAAGGAAACAGGAAUUCUAAUGGUGGAGGGAAUGACUUUCAGACAUGGAGAAGAACCAUCUCGAAGCCAAAGACAAGAAAUAGAAUAGCUCAAUGUGACAGCCUUGCAAAGUUUGAGAAGGUAAAUUUGCAGAUUUAUCUGAAUACAAAUGACAUUUGAAUCAAGGAGCGCUAUUGAGAUCACUAAGUAGUAUGAUGUAGAGCAAAAAGAGAGUUUUAUGUACACAUUUAAUGGUCAUGACAGGAAAAGUCAUCAGCAAGGGAGACUGAGGAGAAGCAUCGUCCAGAGAAGAGAACCGGUGUUAUGGAAACCCAGAGAGAAUAAAGUAUUCAAGAGGAGUGUGGUAGUAUGUCAAAUGCUAAAAAAAAGAGCAAAGAUAAAGAGUGUAUUGACCUUGCCAAUUUUAAGCAAUCACUGGCAACUUUGGAGAGAGCACUUUCAACUGAGUAAUGAAGUCAGAAAGCUUUUUACAGAAGAUUGAGAAGAGAGGGAGAGGAGAGCACAUGAAACCUCUGAGAAGAGAGAGCUUUUUCCAAGUUGUUUUGCCAAGAAUGAAAAGAACUCUAUGAGAAUAGCAGAAGUGCCAAUAUCUUGGGGAAGGUAAUGUUGCUUAGUGGGACUUGGUCAUGUGUGUGGGCAAGAGGAAGGAACUAGUAGAUAAGGAAAAUGAGAGAAUGUGGGAAAGUCGUCAGUGAUUGGAGAAAGCUUAUUAGAGAACUGAUCCUGGAGAAAAACUCCUUUGAAUAAUGAAUUAAAACAGGUUAUAUUACAAUCAAUACCAUGUGAUUACAGGAUGAUGAAACAAAUUAUGACAUGUGGAUAUGAUGCAAUAUCCUAUGUGGUAAGAAUACAAAAAAUUUAAAUAUAUAAAAUAUGAAAAAGAAGGAAUAAUUUACAUAAUAGCUACAGGAACAUAAGUAGAAACAACAAAACAACUCAGUGCUGUAUAAUUAUAAAGACCAGGUUAAUCCCAAGAGAAUGAAAGAACAUACCUUCCUCCCCUAGCAGGAAAGAAGGAGAAUGGAUGGUUAAAUACAUUGCAUGACUCUGGCCAUCUUCCUGCCAUGUUUCUUUGCUACAUCUUCACACUUUCCAUUUUAGAGCCAGGAAAUACAAGUCCAUCAGUAGCCCUAUGGUCUUCUGUAUCUAUCGCAUUUUAAAACAAAUCUUGCCUCCAUAGCCACCAUUCUUCAUAAGCAUAUUUGCAUAUUAGAAUAAAAGCUCCUGAAAGAAUAUAUGGUAUUGCUUUUUGUAUUUUUAUCCCAAAUGCUUAACACAGUGCCUGGCAAGUAAGAAACAUUUAAUAAAUGGGUUUUUCCUUCAUUCGUUGCAUAUGUUAUACAACUUGCUAGAUGUGGCGAUGGCCUAGAAGUGCAGAACCAGACAUUCUUUUUCAGUUGUGACAUUGUGGAAUUGGUUAAUUGUUAAUGAGUUAUGCCUAUUUUAAGGAGGACUUUUCUUAGCAGCAAUAGCUGUAAGAAGAAUUGGGUGAGUUUUAUACCAAAAAAAUAAGUAAUGCCAGGAAAGAGCAAAAGAACAUUGAAAAGGGAGAUAUACAUCAAUGGCGAACUAUCCAGCUAAAUUAAACAUAUGCACUUUAUUGAAAAAAUGUACAUAAUAAAGAUCCUGUUUUAUAUAUGA